AGGUGCAGGCGAAACUAUCCCAAUGAACCGUACGACACACAGCAAGUUACGGUUACGGUUGCGGCAAAAACCGCAUGAAUCCCAAUUGCCAUAUGAAUCCCAAUUGCCGUAUGAAUCCCAAUUGCCGUAUGAAUCCCAAUUGCCAUAUAAAUUCAAAAUACCAUAUCGAUAA